GACGGUGACUGCUCCACGGUCACGUGGUUUUGUUUUGCUCUCGGUUUCGUGUAGCUCGUGUUUGUGGCUAACGCACUGAAGUAUUAAAGUUCAAUAUGGCAAGAAACGAAGAGAAACAACAAGGACGGCUAAACAGACUGUGGCUUCAGAAGGAACGAGAAGAGGGGCGACUCAAAGAUGCACGAGAGACAAGACCUAAACUGUAUACCCUUAACACUGCCACUGCAGUGAAAAAGUGGAUUCCCAGUAUAAAGAAUGAAAUAGAAUAUAACUUGCAGCAGUCCCAGUUGACUCACUAUCCAGAAAGGAAGAUUGCAGAGUUUCAUCUUAAAAUUGAAGCUUUGGAAAAAGAAUAUAAAAGUUUUAUUACCAAACUGCGUGUUCUUGACCCAUCGUGUAAGCACCAGCCCUGGACACCUCGAGCCUACUGCAAAAGACGAGCUGACCUGCAGGAUUCACACUGCACUGUUAAAAAGCCACAUGCAACGUUUAUUGAAGGAUGUGGGGAAAUAAAUGGAGACAACAACAGAGGGACAAGUUGUACAGGACAUCUAAAGACAUUUACAGCAGAGGCACUUCUGAACACCUCAGAAACCAGGACAAUAGACCAGGCUCCACCUAAUUUGGACAGCUCAGACCAGGAUUUACCUCUUUCUUUUGACCAGUCACGGCUCGCAGUGGCUGUGGCUUCAUUUAGGGGACCAUCUGCUGCUUUGGAGUUGACUGAAACAAACAAUCUUGCCAGAGUUUUGCAAGCAAGUCUGCCGAAUUUAGGUAAUUCUGCAGGGACGUCCUCCAAACACCAAAACCUAACAGAUAAGAAUCAAAGACUGAAAGAAUCCACAACAUCCGAUGAGUGCAGAUAUCCUGUGUGUGUAAAAGCGAGACCAACGUGUGCCACACAGGGGGGGUAUCUACUGGGGCUUGACUGUUACUCCUCUUCAGAUGAAGAAGACAAUCCAGGAUAA